AUGACGACCGCUUUCCCUUAUUCCCGGACGCUGUCCAAACAGCUCGUGGCCAGGUCGGCUUGGUCGUUGACGCGACCCUCGGUGACCAGUUCCCUCCUACGCGUCACCUGCAACUGCACACCCAAUGGUGAACGAUCAGCCCGUCGCCAUGCUCACCUGAACCUUGGGUCCACUUUCAAGUAUGCCGUCUGCCGAACGUAUGCGACAUCCGCCGAAAAGCCGGCAAGCAGGCCUAAGGCUCACACGGGACGCGCUCCUGCAAAGGGCACCGCUACCAAGAAGGCCAAAACGCCCAAGAAGAGUACAAAGAAAGCGAAGAAGAAGGCUGCCAGUAAACCCAAACCCAAGGGUAGGAAGCCUCUAAGCAAGACUGCCAUUCUUCAAAGACAACGACAAGAAUCAGCGGAUCUGCGUGCGAAGGCAUUGCUGCAAGAGCCGAAACAGCUUCCUCAAACGGCCUUCAUACUGGUGUUUGUGGAAGAAGCGAAGAAAGGUGGAGAUGCUAAGGCCAAUGCGGUAUCCGCAUCUGCGAGGUACAGGAGUUUGUCUCCCGAGGAGCGCGAGCAAUACAACCACCAAGCCAACCUGAAUAAGGAGAAAAACAUCGAAGCGUACAAGAAAUGGGUUCAAACCUUCACACCACUCGAGAUCAAGAACGCGAACAGUGCUCGAAAACAGCUUGCGAAGAAAGCCAAGGAGGCAGGCAAGAAGACAAAGUUCCAGUCCAUCAAGGACGAUCGGACGGUGAAGGCCCCACAGAAUGGCUAUUCCUUCUUCUUCACGGACCGUCAUCUAUCUGGCGAUCUCAAAGGACUGCCUGUGGCGGAGUCAGGCAAGCUUGUAGGCAGGGAGUGGAAGGCCUUGUCACCCUCGGAGAAGAAGGCAAGUGAUGCACGUCCACCCUUGGUUUCCUGA